CUUCUAUCAGCUAAGCUGCAUUAAACUGAAAAAAUGUCACUGUAUGAUGAUCUGGGAGUGGAGACCAGUGACUCGAAAACAGAAGGCUGGUCCAAAAACUUCAAACUUCUACAGUCUCAGCUUCAGGUGAAGAAGGCAGCUCUCACUCAAGCAAAGAGCCAGAGAACAAAACAAAGUACAGUCCUUGCCCCGGUAAUUGACCUAAAGCGAGGCGGCUCUUCAGAUGACCGGCAGAUUGUGGACACCCCGCCUCACGUAGCAGCUGGCCUAAAGGAUCCUGUACCCAGUGGAUUUUCUGCAGGAGAAGUUUUGAUUCCCUUAGCUGAUGAAUAUGAUCCUAUGUUUCCUAAUGAUUAUGAGAAAGUAGUGAAGCGCCAAAGAGAAGAACGGCAGAGACAGCGGGAGCUGGAAAGACAAAAAGAAAUAGAAGAGAGAGAAAAGAGGCGUAAAGACAGACAUGAAGCCAGUGGGUUUUCAAGGCGACCAGAUCCAGAUUCUGAUGAAGAUGAAGAUUAUGAGCGAGAAAGGAGAAAAAGAAGUAUGGGCGGAGCUGCCAUCGCACCACCCACUUCUCUUGUAGAGAAAGACAAAGAGUUACCCCGAGAAUUUCCUUAUGAAGAGGAUUCAAGACCUCGCUCACAGUCUUCUAAAGCUGCCAUUCCUCCUCCUGUGUAUGAGGAACAGGACAGACCCAGAUCUCCAACGGGCCCUGGCAACUCCUUCCUCGCCAACAUGGGUGGCACAGUAGCACAUAAAAUCAUGCAGAAGUAUGGCUUUCGGGAAGGCCAAGGUCUUGGUAAACACGAGCAAGGGCUGAGCACGGCGUUGUCAGUGGAGAAGACGAGCAAGCGAGGAGGCAAGAUCAUUGUGGGCGAAGUCACAGAAAAAGAUGCAGCCAAGAAGUCAGAUUCAAAUCCAUUAACUGAAAUACUUAAAUGUCCUACUAAAGUGGUCCUACUAAGGAACAUGGUUGGUGCAGGAGAGGUAGAUGAAGACUUGGAAGUUGAAACCAAGGAAGAGUGUGAAAAAUAUGGCAAAGUUGGAAAAUGUGUGAUAUUUGAAAUUCCUGGUGCCCCUGAUGAUGAAGCAGUACGAAUAUUUUUAGAAUUUGAGAGGGUUGAAUCAGCAAUUAAAGCUGUCGUUGAUCUGAAUGGGAGGUAUUUUGGUGGACGGGUGGUAAAAGCAUGUUUCUACAAUUUGGAUAAAUUCAGGGUGUUGGAUUUGGCGGAACAAGUUUGAUUUUAAGAACUAGAGCACAGGCUACAAGCUGCAAGCAGAGAAGAAAAAGGCGACAGCCAGUCUGCUUGGCUGUUGGGUACAGAGACUCUUGGAAGGACUGCUAAGAUAUAUGUUGAUUAAUCCCUUUUUUAUUUUGUGGUUUUUUUAAUAUAGUAUAAAAAUCCUUU